AUGUUUGAAUUGCCUGUGAGUAGCAAUAUAACUAUAAAUGCAUUCAAUUUGAAAAAAUUGCGAUAUCAAUAUAUCAACGAUAUCAAUGCAAAACACAAUGAAUUAUCUAAGAAUGAGUUACCUACACCAGUGACUUCUGAGAAUGAUACAGGUGGUGAAGAUCUUGAUGGCGAUAGUGAACAUAAUUUAACGUCUGAAGACGCAGAAGUCGCUCAAGAGAGAAGGAUUAGGAGAUGGAAGAGCAUUAUGGGGGAAGCUAUAGAUGACGAUGAAGACGACAAUAACCAUGACGACGAUGUAGAUAAUGAAUUCGAAGACAAUGGUCCCACAGAUGAAGAGAAGAAAUACUUUUUAAGAUAUGAUAAACCACAAGAAAGUUUUGAAAAAUGGGAAAGUAAUAAUCUAAAGAGGCAACGACAUGUGAAUAAGAAUUUUAUUACCUAUUAUAGAUUUAAAAAAACUAGAAAACAAAUUGAUAAAAAAUAUAAAGUCAAAACUAUGCAUCUCAAUAAGAACGUCAAAAAUAAUUUCGAAUUGAUGAUAGAUGGGUUUGAGCCCAUCAAUGAUAACAAUAUCAGUAGGAAUAGAAAUCUGCAAAAUUACAACAAGCAUCAUUUAUCUCUUCUCACUGAUCUGAUGUACAGCAACAUCUUCAAGCAAAAAUGGGAUAUUGCAUACAAGUGUUUUACUUUUUUGCUUCGGAUACCUGACGUUGACAUUAGAAGAGUCUGGAACCUGGGCUCUAUUAUAUUACAAAACAUUGAUACCACAAAGCUAAUUGAUUUUCUGCAAUGGCUAAGCAAUGUGUAUUCUAACAAAAACAGAUCUUUUGUACAGGGCAUCAAUUACAGAAAUGAUCAAACAAACUUCAAUGGUGGUUCCAGAAGAUUGACACCUCUAUAUACCAAAACUCUACUCUGGCAUAAACUAACCCUAAGCAGCGACAGCGAAACCUGCGAAAGCGAGAUAGAUAGCUUGAUAGAACAAAUAGCUGAAAUGGUUGUUAUCCCACCGUAUAGUGAGGAUAAUGAAAUUUGGUAUAUAUUUGCUCUGUGCCAUCUAGUGAAAGCAGACAACCUUUCCGAGAAAUUAUAUUUCAUGAGCAGAAGGAAUCCAGAAGUAGACGAAAUGGACACAUACCCAUACGACACAGAAAUAUACAAUAAUAAAAUCACCAUAUGCAUAAACAAUUGUAAAAAAUACUUAAGGAAAGCCACACAAGACAAGAAUUUCGACUACCCAGCUAGAACAAUUGAAACUAAACUAAAGACAAUCGAAACCAGAACGUUUGACUUCGAGUCAAUGCCAGAAUAA